AAUAGACUUCGGUGAUCAUCAUGAUAUAUUGGCCCUCGCAGACCGGCAGUCCGCCCCUCUACACUCGAAGCAGCGGUGGGAAAGAGCUCGAGUUUUGCGACAACGUGCUCCUGGCAUUGCACUAAUAUUAGUAUUAGUUUGACGCUCACCCGCAUGAUCAAGCCUCCAGACUUCAGAGCCUUUGCGGGCCCCACGGCUUAUAAUUCUUCACUCGUAGCUCUUCUCAGGAAACGUAAUGUCCUUUAGAGGAAUAUUGAAUCAGAGUCCUAUAUCAGUCCUCCUCUGCUGCUUACUCGGACGCAUUUCAAAUUUCGUUUCUCAGUCAUAAGCUUGGAUCCAAGAGCAUUCAUAGGCCGUGGUUCACGUAUACGACUUCAAAACUCAUCAUGCAGACGACGACAAUCAGUGAAGGCCAUACGGUUUCACACCAUCCCACAAUUGGCCCUCAGCACGAUCUUAAAGAAAGUGACAAACACAAUGAACGAGUUGAAAUGGGAGUGGGGUUGUCUGCAAGUGAUUCAAGAGCGGCGUCUGUCUCUGAUAUGAAAGCCCAAACGAAACGUCAGCGGCUGCGCGCACGGGUGCAAUUUGCGACAGUUUGUGGGUCUAUGUACCUUGCUGGAUGGAAUGACGGGACGACUGGUCCAUUGCUCCCCCGGAUACAGGAAGUGUAUGGCCUGAAUUUCACUGUCGUAUCCCUGAUAUUCGUGUUCGCAUGUGUUGGCUUCCUAUCUGGAGCAUUUGCAAACCUAUAUCUGAAUGGCAGAUUCGGUUUCGGGAAAGUGAUUGUAUUAGGAUCUGCGUGUCAAGUUAUAGCGUACGCCAUAGAGGCGGGUGCUUUGCCAUUUCCUGCAUUCGUGCUAGGUUACGCCAUCAAUGGCUUUGGAAUGGCUCUACAGGACGCGCAAUCGAAUGGUUAUGUGGCCUGUCUCAAGGAUAACCCCGAGAUGAAAAUGGGGAUCCUCCAUGCAGUAUACGGUGCUGGCGCUUUGUCGUCCCCAUUGGUAGCAACGCAAUUUGCCCAGCUUCCGCAUUGGUCAUUUCACUACCUGUGCAGCCUCGGUGUUGCGUUCAUAAACAUAGUAUCGUUGAUUGCAGUCUUUGGGCUGAAAACACAGGAUGAGUGCCUCGCUCAGAUUGGACAGCCAGCAGUCGAAAAGGGGACAAGUGAGAAGAGCCAGUUCAGCCAGAUAUUGCGGCUCAGAGAAGUCCACCUCCUCGCCUUCUUCAUUUUAAUAUAUGUAGGAGUGGAGGUCACUAUGGGUGGGUGGAUGGUGACGUACAUAAUUGACGUGCGCGGAGGAGGUCCAAGUUCGGGAUAUAUAUCAUCAGGGUUUUUUGGAGGUCUCAUGAUUGGCCGUGUCGGUCUUUUGUGGGUGAACAAAAAGGUUGGGGAACGUCGUGUUUUGUUCAUUUAUGCUAUCCUCGCAAUUGGGCUACAACUAGUAGUAUGGCUGGUACCUUCGCUCAUUGGUGCAGGCGUUGCGAUCUCCCUAAUUGGAGUAAUUUUGGGGCCGAUGUAUCCCAUCGCUAUGAAUCACACAGUACGAAUUCUCCCUGAGUGGCUCGUCACAGGGUCUAUUGGUUGGAUAGCAGGCUUCGGGCAAGCAGGUUCUGCGCUCUUACCAUUCUUAACCGGUGCCAUUGCAUCGGGGGCGGGAAUCAAGAGUCUGCAGCCAUUUCUUGUUUCGAUGAUGGCGUUCAUGACUGUCUUGUGGGCUUUAGUGCCGAGAACUGCUAGGAGAACUGAAUGAUAGCCGUUAGCUAUAUGGGCUGACAUUUGGAAAUAGAUUCAUUUAAUGACCUCAUUGUGGACCCCUUAUAACCGGGUUGUCAGUGAAUUCUUUUACCUAUUUGCCCAGACUCCAACCAUUCGGUUAUCCUUCAUCCCAGUACAGCCACCUUUGUCUUAGAUAAUCGAGUUGAUUGAAACCCAGCCGUAGUAAUCACUGGAUGUGUCAAUUUUCUUCUCUAUGACCAUUUACCAUC